UGCAUAGUUUCAUGAAGGAUGUGGGAAUGACUGUGCUGAUAAUUGUGGUAUUCAUUGUUUGUUCUUGGAUAAUGCAACGUAGUACGAAGUAAAUUUUUAUCUGUUUUGGGAACGUUGGUGGUUAAAGUAACCGUCGUUUUACGAAAAAAUACUAGUGACUUACCGUCGGUCGUCUGUAAGUCAUCUUAAUGGCCAAAAUGGAUCUAAUCGGCAAUUUUUUUAAAUUGCUGCUAAUCUAUUUUGCCGGUGCGCCGCGUGCGGCUCCGCAAUCAUGGAACUGCUCAACUGGGACGGGUUUUUGCAUCUUGAUUUCUGAAGAGCGCCGUUCUUGGCACGACGCUUCCGAUCACUGCUUUCAACACCAUGGAGGACUUGCUCAUUCGGACCAUUUCGAGCUGAUCCUUCAUUCGUCAAUUUGGUUUUCAUCAGAAAUGUUGGUGUGGACAGGUUUGGGGUGGGUAGAUGGACGGCUCCAAUGGAUGUCUCAUAUACCACACGAGGAAACCAAUAUCAACGUAACUACCUUUUAUGCUCGAAGACGAGUCGAUCCUGCUAAUUUAUGCUAUUUUAUGAACCGGAACGGAAUUGUUACUGAGGGUUUCUGUAAGCAACAACUUCACUACAUGUGCAUCAUGCCAGCACUCGUGCCGGUGAAGAGAAGCGUGGGAGAAGAAUUUCCAAAAGUUCAAAUGUCUUCGGGUGCGAUUGUACCAGAAUUGAUCCCUUCUGGAAAAUUCAAGACUCAUUCCCCGUUCUUGGUAGUCGAACCGUCGACAGAGAUAUAUUUCGAUUUGUUUUGUAACGUUCCUACAAAUACAAACUGCUCUUCAACUCGCUACCGAUGGCUGAAAAAUGGAGCCUAUCAACUGGAAGUUUAUGGAUAUAGGAGAAUUUCAGAUUCUGGAGAAAUUUCCCUAGAAGGAAGAAAAUCUUGGAUAUUGAAUUGGCUUGGGAAAGUUGCUUGUGAAGUGUUUUGCUCUUCUUCAGGUUCAGGAAAAGCGUACAGAUCUAAAGAAGCAAUUUUAGUUUUGCGUGAAUCUGUUAGUCUACGCGUGGAAUUCCAAUUCAGCUCCGUUAUCGAUUUCUCCGUGGCGCAUAAUUUUUUCCAGAAAGUCAUUCAUUCAGAGCUUCGAAAUAGAACAACUAUUACACAAGUACCACAUUUUCAACUAUAUUCUCUACCAUUUCUUUCUCAUCCUGAAAGUUCUACUAAAAGCUUCAGUUUCUAUGCUCAUCUGGCCAACAUGGACCCACAAGGAACUCUCCGUUUAAAUACGUUUUUGAGGAGCAUAAGCCUUCUCAGUCCAGUCAGUUAUUGGAUUGACUUUCAUGACAAAGGACGUGACGACUAUAAGGGAUUGUUUGAAAAUAUCAGUGUGGUUAUGCUUAAUUACUGCCUCGAGAGAGGUGAUAGUCCAAAUUUGGUAUUCGCCAAUCAGGUCACGCUGGGCAGAGGAUUUAAUUCAUAUUUUCGAGACGAAGCUGUAGAUAAUUCCAGCUGUUCGUACGCAUCGCAGCAGUGUAAAUCAGAUUGGUUCAACCCGGCCAGUUUCAAAAGUUUUACAUUACCCAUAGAUUGCUUAAACUGUAUGGCUCCCUUUCGAGAUAAUAAUAAUAAUAAUAAUAGUUUGUAUUUAUAA